GGCAUAUGUGACAGACAUAACCUAUCUUUCUUAUAUGUGUCAGCAAGACGACGGACGAUUUUAUUUCUUAUAUAUUGACAGGAUACAAUCAAAGUGGGACUACACCCUCUUUAUCUGCGGAAUAUGCCGAGGUUUGCCGAUUUAGUUCUACAUUGAUAACAAAAUGUAUAAUAGUACUAGCUUCGUGACCACUGUUAAUCAGUUGUAACAUUGUAGUCACAUGGUGAUAGUUUGGACUUCAGUCCUCAAAUCUACCCCAGUUGUUCCCUCAACACUGACAACGUGUAGGCCACGACUUUUUGACAACGAUGGAGUUGACAGAAUCAACUGAAACUACAAAAACCACCCAAAAAGAUGUCAUUGUUAUUGGAGCCGGCGUCUCGGGUUUGGUGGGGGCUAAAUGUCUCCAAGAAGAUGGGUUUUCGGUCGCUGUCCUGGAAAGGACCGGGGAGGUCGGAGGACUGUGGAUGUUCCGAGAAAAUGACUAUGGAGUUAUGCGGUUUACUCAUAUAAAUGUUUCUAAACAUAACUACUGCUUCUCCGACUUUCCUUUUCCCGACGAUGUGUGCGAUUUUCCUCACAACACAGACAUGGCUAACUACAUCGUCGACUACACCAAACACUUCAAAUUGAACGACUUGAUACAUUUUCACAUCAAGGUUCUUCACGUCGAAAGGAAAAAUGAGGAGUGGCACGUGACGGUGUGUCGCACGGAAGAUGACGGAAAGACGGAGACGAAAGAUCGGGAAAUAUUCGUCGGAAAAUUUCUGGCGAUUGCUUCCGGACAUCACGCAGCGCCGAACCGAAUCCAGCUGAAAGGAGAGGAAACCUUUACAGGGGAUAUAAUCCAUUCGGUUGACUACAAUGACGCCAUCACUAACGGCUACGUCGGAAAGCGAGUUUUAGUGGUUGGUAUUGGGAACAGCGCCGUGGACGUGGCCGUUGAUUGUGCUACUGUUGGCAGGUGCAAAUCGGUUUACAUCAGCACCCGAUCGGGUGCCUGGAUUGUGCCUAACUACGUCUUUGGCCAUGCAGUAGACCUCUACGCAUGCCGGGCAUUCUUCAUGUUGCCAUGGCGAUGGGCCAACGUCAUAUUCGAGACGAUCAUCAAACUGAUUUCCGGAAAUCCCCGAAGUUGGGGUUUAAAUCCAAAGAUGCGAGCGCUACAGACGCAGCCCACUGUUAGUCCGACGCUGAUUCACCAUAUACAACGGGAAAAUAUCACACUUGUACCAAACAUACUGAAGGUCGACGGUGACACUGUCUACUUUGUUAACGGGUCGUCUGCAAAGUUUGAUAGUAUCAUCUGCUGCACCGGGUACAAGAUUAACCUUCCAUAUCUGUCGUCAGAACUACGAGAACAGGUUAUGGACGAAAAUAAGAACUCCAUUAAAUUGUACAAAAAUGUUUUUAGUCCACACGUCGGUCACACUCUCGGCUUCAUUGGUUUCGUGCAGCCGGCAUCAGGUGGUAUUUUAACAAUGUCAGAAAUCCAGGCUCGCUGGUUCUCUCAGCUCUGCAAGGGGAAGGUCAGACUGCCAUCAAACAUGGACAUGGAACAAGACAUCUGUAGAGAACGGAGGCUCCAAUCAGAGAGGUGGUACGAGUCGCCACGUCACACCAUACAGAGGGAUCCAAUCAAGUACAACGAUGAAAUCGCGUCGUUCAUUGGUUCAAAACCAAACAUCUUCAAACAUCCUUCUUUGGCGUGGAGACUUAUUUUUGGAUCCUGUGGAGCAUACCAAUGGCGGCUUCAGGGCCCCAACAAGUGGUCGGGGGCAGAAGAAGCCGUGCGCGGGGUCCCGCUAACGGAACUGAUGACUGUGUCUGGAAUAGCCGUGGCGGCCAUUCUUCUACUGGUGGCAUUCUUCUCGUUCUGCGUAUUUUAUAGAAUGCUGGACGUCUUGUUCUAAGCCAACAGUGUUUCGUGUUGGCCUGCUAACAUACAUGUUGGUUAACCGAGACUACGUUCUCAGUCUGCAUAUUUUAUAGAAUUAUUGACAUUUUGUUCAAAGCCAACAGGGUGUCGUGUAUGCCUGCUAACAUACAUGUUGGUUAACCGAGACUACAUUCUCAGUUUGCGUAUUUUAUAGAAUGAUUGACAUUUUGUUCUAAGCCAACAGUGUCACGUGUAGGCCUGCUAACAUACAUGUUGGUUAACCGAGACUAUGUUCUCAGUCCACGUAUUUUAUAGAAUGAUUGACAUUUUGUUCUAAGCCAACAAGGUGUCAUGUAGGCCUGCGAACAUACAUGUUGGGUAACCGAGACUAUGUUCUCAGUCCACGUAUUUUAUAGAAUGAUUGACAUUUUGUUCUAAGCCAACAGUGUCUCGUGUAGGCCUGCUAACAUACAUGUUGGUUAACCGAGACUAUGUUCUCACUUUGCGUAUUUUGUAGAAUUAUUGACAUUUUGUUCUAAGCCAACAGGGUCUCAUGUAUGCCUGCUAACACUAGUAACAGACAUGUUGGGUAAUCGAGACAAGAUCAGGAUAUCAGAGUGGUGGAUGGAGUGAUGAUUGAUUGAUAAUAAGUGAACGAAGGAUUAUGGGGCUGUUUACAAUGAUAUUAAAAAUGUAACGAGAGUACGUACAAUACGUACCUUUUUUUUUCUUCUUUUUUUUCGUUUUUUUGGAGGGGGAUAUCCUUCCCCUUAUUAAAACAUAGACGUUGGAAGAUUCCGUGACUUAGGGUGUUGGCAGCAAUUAUGUAUCAAUUCGUCUUUCAACUGGGUCGAGGCAGUGCUUAAUUUUCAGUUGGUGUGUGUGUAUUUGUGGGGUGGGGCUUGCCAAUAUCAACGUACAUAGAAAAUGUUGAUUUUGCAAGAAAUAUUUUUAUUAACAUUUUUAUUUGUUUUAAGAGCAUAAGUUGGCAUUGCCCUCCCACUUCCUUUCAGUUAUGGUAUGAGCGAAAGUGAAAAUGGUUAAUAAUUGUAUAUUAUACUAUGAAAGAGGUGAUUUUGGAUCAGAGAUUGAUUGCGGAAGAUGGCGCCAAAAUAAAUCAAGAACUACUGGGCUAAAACAAAAAUAUAUUAAUAAUAUUUAUGCUAAUACCUAUUGGAAACCAUUUCCAUGUCCUUGUGUAAAAACACCAAGAGAUGUUACCCAAUAGGAUCAAGUGGUCUGUUGUGAUUUUUCAGAGUAAUAAACACAUCUAAAAUG